CGCGCCGCGAAAAAGAGAGAGAGAGAGAGUUAGCUUUUACGCACGGAGCGCCCGAGCGGAGCAGCCUCACAUGACACUGCCGCAGCUCGGCUCAGAGCAGGCUCCGGCUGGCCGCCUUCAGCCGCCGCUCAACGAAUGGAUUACCCGCACAUUCGCUUCACGUCACUGAUGAUUGUUCCCCCUCGUCAGCCGGCCGUCGCUGCGAUUCCACGGUCGCCUCGCCAGGACUUGCGGACACUACCAUGCGGCGGGGGGCGCUGGUCUGAGAGCGGCUGAAGACUGAGUGGACGCGCGGCUGGCCGUCUGGAGAGCUCUCCGCGAAGUCAUGGUGUCCACGGCGCCGUGAGAACUUUCCCUCCCGUCGCUUCGCUCUCCCCCCCCCUGUUUUUCCUCGGCGUUAGAUGUUCAUUAGCGGGCUCGAGCUUCCUCGGAAAUUUCUCCCCCGUUAAUUAUGUUCACUUUUGCUGCUUUCUGCUACAUGCUGUCUCUGGUCCUCUGUGUUUCCCUUAUAUUCUUCGCAAUAUGGCACAUAACGGCUUUUGACGAGCUCCAGGCUGACUUUAAGGUGCCGAUCGAUCAAGGCAAUCCACUCCAUGCGAGGGAGCGACUCAGAAACAUUGAGAGGAUCUGCAACCUGCUGAGGAAGUUGGUGCUGCCAGAGUACUCCAUCCAUGGACUGUUCUGCAUAAUGUUCCUGUGUGCCCAGGAGUGGCUGACUGUGGGCCUUAACAUCCCCCUCCUCUUCUACAACACCUGGAGCAGGUACUUCCAUUCCCCAACGGACACUAAGGAGCUGAUCUACGACCCGGCGUCUGUGAUGAACGGCGACACGCUCAAGUUCUGCCAGAAGGAGGCGUGGUGCAAGCUGUCCUUCUUCGUCCUGUCCUUCUUCUACUAUCUCUACUGUGUGUGGAACCUGGAAAUAUCCCUCUAUUAGGUCUUAUCAGUGGAAACAUUUAAAGUAUGAUCUAUUCCUUGGUUACCUCAUAACAGCUGCUUUGUUAGCAUCCGGGGUCCAGCACCAAUGUCUCCAGACAUCCAGUACAGCAGGUGGCGCUGUGGUGGAAACGAUAAUUGAACGUAAUGAUGAAGACUUAAAACUUUCUGGGUCCUUUUUUUUUUAAUUUAUUUUAUUUUAUUUUUUCUUCUUUCCUGCGGAGCCAAACGAUAAACUCAGCUGGAGCCAAAGCCUCUUUUCAUCUUGGCCCAGCCCAGAACUGUUUCAUCUCUGACUGUAUAUAGAAACUUUGGACUACACCUGCUGUUUACAGUUUGCUCAUAGCAAGAGUUAUUACACUGCCUGGCCAACGUUUGUAAUACACACACACACACACACACCCCCACACACACACACACGUAUAUUUAAAGGUCCAUCCAGCUAGCUUGUGCUGCCAAGCCAGCAGCACAGCGGCGCUAACGCUAGCCUGGAGGACGUACAGCACAGUAGCGUUUGCACAGUUUGUCUCAGGCACAGCACAAUGAAGCACUGUCCAGACCCGUCCUCACCCGCCGUAGCUUCUUGUGAGUCAAAGGACAGGCGGGCGAGAAAACGGGUCACACUGUUUGGAGAGGAGGAGCGGGCUCAGGGCGGGGCCACGCGCUGGAGCGCCCACCCCACCGAGAACACACACAGUCCCCUGGGGGCCGUGGGAUCUUCCUUCUGACUUUCCAUCAAUGGCUUUUGUGACGUGUGCAUUUUGGUGUAUUCUUUAAUCAAAAGGCGUUUCAAAAGGUAUUCUAUUCAGCAAAUGCCUCCUUAGUGUUGUCUUAUAGUGCUGUUCUGUUGUGGGAAAACUUUGACUAAAACAACCAGAGCCCGUGGAAAGCUUUUGUAGUCGAGGAGCACACGUUCGUUUGCACAAAUACUAAACUCGCUCUCGCACAAAUACCGGCAAUAUCUGCCUGGGACGGUAGGGAUGGCUUCUCAUGUUCCGGCUUCACAGGUGAAGGUCUUCCAACGUGUACGGUCCGAGCAGCCCGCCUCUUCUGAACACAGGGAAACAAUGUGAAUCUUUUCUAGCUCUCUCGGACCAAAAUGUUGUAUUUAAUUAUUUAAGCAUAUGAAUUUAUGCCUAUUUAUGAGAUGCUGACGGUUUUAAUAGUACAGAGUAUCAAGAAUAAAAUCAACUUUAGAAAAUAUUUCAGGGUAUACGGAAGGUUUUUAGGACCCCAUGGAUAACUCUUCUGAUAAUCAUUCAAAUGACUGAGACCGGCUGGACCUCUUCGCAGGACAGGUGUUUGAACCUGGACCUCCACGUGUAGCUCGCCCUCCGAGCCAGCUGGCCGCUUUUUAAACCUUCACCGCCGUCUUUACCUGCCAUGUGUUUCUGUGUGGUGGCAGAGCAGAAAGGAAUGCCCCCUUCUUCUUUUCUCUUCUUCUAACUUGAGCAUUUUAUAUCCUAAGUGUGGUAUGUAUGUGACCAAAAAGGUUGAAU